AUGGAGCUCCACUGUAUUACUACUGACACCCCCACGACAACCAGCUCCUGCUCCACGGACCCCCUGUACGACAACUGCCCACCUUUUGCCCGGCGAGUGAGGGCCAGAGAAAAGGAAAUGGAGAGUAGGGUUGUGUGCCCGGCUGUAACCAGACUCCCCGGCCCCUGUAGCCCUCUGUCUGGUCUGGCCCCAGCUGUGGAUGAGGUUCCCACUCUGGUCGGUGGGGGAAGAGGGACUGGCGUAUGGCCAGAUCAUAGCUACUGCAGCUGGAGAGGAGGCCUGGGAAGACCAGGCUUGGAAGCAGAGCUGAGUCCAUGCAAAAUAAACAGUGUAAGACCUCAAGGGAGGGCAGCAGAAUGGGGAGGUAGCUGGGGAGCCGAGGACAGAGCUCAUCUGAACCAGAGCGAGGAGCACAGCAGUGCUCUGUCUCUGUAUGAUAACCUCCCCGAGGCAGACACCGACACCGCCGACAGGCUCCAAGAGGUCUUUGACAUGGAAACAAGCUACCAGGAGCACUGGCAGGGGCAGACGUGCCAAGCAUGGGCCCCCGAGCUGAUCCAAGGACUGAUGGACAGCGAGGGACUGAGUGAAGACAAGAGCACUAGAAUCCAGCAGCAGAAUCCAGACCAAGACAAGAAGCAUGAACAGGACCCGGAGCUGGACUCGGGAUCCUGUGGAUUCAAGCAGAGGGAUCAUCUCCAGCUGCCGAAGUCUACUCUCCAACAACACGGUACAGCAAGUUCCCCUCAACUAUCCCAAACUGAGUGCAAGGUUCUGUGGCCCCCAGCUGACACCCAGUACCCAGAGCAGCCAUGCUGGUCUCCCAGGGUGCCCCCACCUGUGCCCCUGGCAGACCCCUCCGCCAGUGCGCUUCGCAGCAUCCUCACUAGCCUCCAACAGCAAAUAGGCCGACAGAGGGAGGAGUAUGAGACCCGGAUAGUCAGCCUAGAGCAAAGAAAUGAAGAGCUGCAGCUAGAGGUCAUUCGGUUGAAAACAAACCUAACACAGCAGCGGCACUGGUACCAGGCUAUCCAGGCUAAGAUUGAGGACUCUGAAAGGACCCGGGCCACCGCAGAACUACGCAACGCAACUCUGCAGAAGGAGAUGGAGCAGUACUUUGACACCUUCGGAGAGCUCAACAAUGAGGCCAAGAAGACGGAGUAUAUCGUCAAGAGCUUUUGAGAAAAGAAUACAGGAAGUGUGUGUGAUGAUAUGAACAGUGUGCAGAAAGGAGGACAAAAGGCACAAGACUGGCUAAUGUUUAAACUCUAGUUAGGAUCAUGUAAAGUGUUUUGUCACAAUCUAUGCAGAAUAUUUCCUUCCCUAAUUGGGAACGAUUUUAAGUGGUGUACAGUUAUUUUUUCAUCAAGAAUCUGAGAAACAUGCAAAACAUCGCUGAAAACAAACGUAUCCUUGAUGUCCACUUUAUUAGUUACCUAAGGGCAGAAGAUAUUGGCCAGGUGUUUCUAACGUGGUCAUUGCAAUCACACAGGACAUCUCUGAAAAUAAAAGGAGAAAUGCAUUGAACAAAAAUGCGAGAUGCAUAGUGUAUACAAUGGAGCUUUUUUUUUUUUUUU